UCAGCUUCAGUUCUGUCUUCCCUACGUCAGGGAGAUUGGAUGGUAUCCCUGGACCUUCAGGAUGCCUACUUUCAUGUUCCGAUUCACCCAUCGUCAAGAAAAUAUCUAAGAUUUGUUGUACAAGGACAAAUCUUCCAAUUCAGGGCCUUGUGCUUCGGCCUAUCGACCGCCCCUCAGGUAUUCACGUAUCUGAUGCGGAACGUGGCCAAAUGGCUUCAUUUAGAAGGGAUAAACAUCUCAAUGUAUCUCGACAAUUGGCUAAUCCGGGCCAAGUCGGAGAAACUGUGUUUGGAGGACCUACAGUCUACUUUGAACCUAGCAAAGACGUUAGGAUUACUCGUGAACCUCGAGAAAUCUCAGAUGAUCCCCAGUCAGAACUUAGUCUAUUUGGGGAUUCGGGUGGAUUCUCGGGGUUUUCGGGCUUUUCCGUCCCAGGAAAGGAUUGCUCGGGGAUUACAGAAAAUCUCGAGCUUCCUAGAGAAAGAACGGAGUUCGGUGAGGGAGUGGUUAAGUCUUCUGGGAACCCUUUCCUCACUAGAACAGUUCAUUUCGCUAGGAAGACUCCACCUUCGCCCUCUUCAAUUCUUCCUAAGAAGAAUUUGGAGUUGGAAGAACGGGCAACUUUCAGACACUUUCAGUAUUCCUCUGGAGGUAAAGAAUCAUCUGAAGUGGUGGAUUUUUCCCUUAGAAAAGAACGAGGGCUUGUCUCUAGAAGUUCGGAACCCAAACCUAAUCUUGUUCUCAGACGCUUCAGAGAAGGGAUGGGGAGCGACUCUAGGGACAAAAGAAGUAUCAGGCCAAUGGAGGAAGGAUCAGCUAGACUGGCAUAUAAACUCCAAAGAACUUUAUGCCGUUCUUCUAGCUCUAAAAGCCUUCGAGACAGAGGUGUUAGGUCAAGUGGUACAGGUCAACUCGGACAACACCACAGCGUUGGCCUAUAUCAAGAAACAAGGGGGAACUCACUCUCUUUCUCUGUUCCAUAUAACAAAAGAGCUGUUGUAUUGGGCAAAAGAAAAGAAAGUGACGCUUCUCACAAGAUUUGUGAAAGGAGAGAAGAACAUCAGAGCAGACAGGCUAAGCAGGUUAAACCAAGUUCUCCCCACAGAAUGGACCCUUCACAUUCAGGUGUGUCAAGCUCUGUGGUCCCUGUGGGGCAGUCCACAUAUAGACCUAUUCGCCACCUACCUAUCCAGAAGGAUAGAGAACUUUUGCUCCUUAGUGGAAGACCCGAGAGCGAUAGCGGUGGACGCCAUGCUGCUGGACUGGUCAGGCCUAGAUGCCUACGCCUUUCCCCCCUUCAAAAUGUUAGGAGUGGUGUUAAGAAAAUUUGCGGCAUCAAGAGGGACGAGACUAACAGUCAUUGCUCCCUUUUGGCCGUCUCAAGAUUGGUUCACAGAGGUACAGGAAUGGACAGUGGACUUCCCAAGAUCUCUUCCACACAGGAGAGAUCUUCUCAAACAACCCCAUUUCGAGAGGUACCAUCAAAACCUCCACGCUCUCUGUCUGACUGCCUUUCGACUAUCGAAAGACUUUUCAGAGCGAGAGGCUUUUCAAGCAAAGCUUCAAAAGCAAUUGCUAGAGCCCGGAGAUCUUCAACUAUUCGGGUCUACCAAUCAAAAUGGGAUGUUUUUAGAAGAUGGUGUAAGAAGAAUAAACUGUCCUCUUCCGAUACCUCUGUGACCAACAUAGCUGAUUUCUUGAUUUUCCUUAGGGAAGAAUCAAAAUUAUCAGUUUCUACCAUUAAAGGUUAUCGAAGUAUGCUUUCUGCCGUAUUUCGAAACAGAGGUUUGAGAAUUGCAGAAGAUAAAGACCUCCACAAUCUUAUUAGAUCUUUUGAAACCUCUAAAACCUUUUCUCUUCGCACUCCUAACUGGAACCUAGAUGUAGUUUUGAGAUUUCUAUCAUCUAGUAGAUUUGAACCUCCUCUCAACGCGUCGUUUAGAGAUCUAACGAGAAAAUGUAUUUUCUUGUUGUCGUUAGCGACUGCGAAGAGAAUUAGUGAAAUACACGCUCUAGAUUCUCGAGUAGGAUUUAAGAGUGAUGCGGCAAUUUGUUCUUUCCAGACUCUGUUUCUGGCCAAGAACGAGAACCCUUCAAAACCCUGGCCAAAGAGUUUUGAAGUUAAAGGACUUUCAAAUCUAGUAGGAGAGGAAUUAGAAAGAUCUUUAUGUCCGGUUAGAGCUUUGAAGUUCUAUUUAAAGAAGAAGAAUGAACUAAACGGAUGUAAACAAAGCCUGUGGUGCGCAGUUCGGGAUCCUAGUAGACCCAUGUCAAAAAGGCAUUAGCAUUUUUUGUGAGGAGCAUUAUUACGGAUGCUCAUAAUGACUGCACUGAAGACUCUUUCAGGACUCUCCGAGUGAAGGCUCAUGAGGUUAGAGCGGUAGCCACUUCAUUAGCAUUUCAGAAGAACAUGUCUUUAAAAGACAUUGUGGAUGCGACUUACUGGAGGUGUAAUUCAGUGUUCGCAUCGCACUAUCUCAAGGACGUUAAAGUAACAUGAAAAGUGUUUCUCUCUGGGUCCUUUUGUAUCAGCCGAUACAGUGCUGGGGCUGGGAGCACAUAACGAUCCUUAGAAAAAUUUGUAUUUGUUCUAAUUUUUGAUAGUACAUAGAUCUACCUUGUGAGACGAGUUGUUGGUUUUUUCUGCUGAUUAGUAUGCUCGCUGGCGCACGGACGUCCUAGUUUGGAUCAGUGGGGGAAUCAAGAGACGUCUUACUGGCUAGAUUGUACAAACAUUUUUUUUUUUAUUUAAUUUUAUUUUUAUUUUUGUACUUUACUGUACGAAUGUUUGUGAUUCGAGUUUGUGGUUGUUUGCAAGAGGUUAGGGGAUAACUUCUUGCAAUCUUAGAACUAACAUGGAUAGGUUGAGGUGAUCGGGAUCGAUGUUGUGCUCCUUGUAUAGGUCUUGUCAAGUAAGUGGAUAAGCACCCAUUGACGUAGUCCUUCCAGGAUCUACCAAGUAAGCGGGUAAGACCCCUUUGGCAGAACCACAAGAACUCUUAGCCAUAGAUCAAUAUCUCGCUGAGGCUCUUGAGACUGACUAGACUCCUGGAUUGUAUUCAUGAAGUCUUCAGUCUAAACAGGUAGGAACCAAGGUUUUAUUUAUUUAUUACCUACAACGAUAGUUGUGAUUCCUGUUUGAUUCUGUAUUUAGCUGUCUCUGUCCCACCUCCAAUGGUGUGAAUCAGCUAAGUAUA